AUGGUGGGUCCGCGGAGUGCCAAGGCUUGCCCGCCCUGCCCCACGCGGGCAACGCCCGGGUUGCGGGGGUUCCCGGUCCUGCUGGGCCAAAAGACGUGGGCGCCCAUUGAGCGGCCCAUCCCUGUCAAGAUUCCCGGAAAAGUGGAGAAGGUCGUCAUUCGAGCCGUGAAGAAGAUUCUGGACCCCAGCCCGGCGGUGGCGACGCUGCCGACACCAUCCACGUUGGGUUUCGUCGGCUCACGGAACACCCUUUUGCAGCACAGUCCCUCGCGAUUGGAAGCCAAACGCCGACGCAUUGAACGCGGCUACUGGGGGGUCGAUUGA